AAGAGUUGAUUGGAGGUUUAUCGUUUGGAUGGGAACUCUCACGAGCUUUAGUUUUAGCGCUGUGAAUCUCAGGUUCAAUUUCAGUCCAAUUUUCCGCGAAAGAGUUGGCGUUCAAGUCUUCCAGUCCAGAAAAUCCAAGAGGAACUUGUGUUAUUUAUGUAGAGGAGCAUUUUCCAAGGAUAUUUAUCGCGAAAAGUUUCUCAGAAUUAGGUGUUUUAGUGGCAGCAAUAAUAAUAAUAGCAAUGACGGCGAUUACUCCCAAAAUGAUGGAGACAUUAAGGAGGAUAGUAGUAAUACUGCUUCAUCCACGGAAUCCGCCGUCACGACGGCCUCUCCGCCUGAAGAAAAGUCGGUGCAGGAGAAGCGAACCAGCAGUGACCUGCCUCCAUCUGUUCCCUCUAGGCCACCGAAUAUAGCUCCUCUUGGAUCAGUCUACACUGAUUUCCAAAUUGAUUCUUUUAAAUUGAUGGAGCUUCUUGGACCUGAGAAAGUUGAUCCUGCUGAUGUAAAGCUAAUUAAGGACAAGCUUUUUGGCUAUUCAACAUUUUGGGUGACUAAGGAAGAGCCAUUUGGAGAUCUCGGUGAGGGCAUCCUUUUUCUAGGAAAUCUAAGAGGAAAGAGAGAGGAUGUUUUUGCAAAACUCCAGACUCAACUGGCUGAGAUCAUGGGUGAUAAAUACAAUCUUUUCAUGGUUGAGGAGCCUGAUUCUGAAGCACCAGAUCCGCGUGGUGGGCCACGUGUGAGUUUUGGGUUGUUGAGGAAAGAAGUGUCAGAACCUGGACCAACUACACUUUGGCAAUACGUGAUUGCUAUUUUGUUGUUCUUCCUGACUAUAGGUUCCAGUGUAGAGUUAGGUAUUGCAUCUCAGAUAAACAGACUUCCUCCAGAAGUUGUAAAAUACUUUACAGAUCCAAAUGCAGUUGAUCCACCAGAUAUGGAACUGCUAUACCCAUUUGUCGAUUCAGCAUUGCCCCUAGCAUAUGGUGUUUUGGGCGUUCUUUUAUUUCAUGAACUUGGGCAUUUUCUGGCUGCUUUUCCAAAGAAAGUAAAGCUAAGCAUUCCUUUCUUCAUUCCGAACAUCACUCUUGGAAGCUUUGGUGCAAUUACUCAGUUCAAAUCUAUUCUUCCUGACCGGAGUACACAAGUCGGCAUUUCCCUUGCUGGCCCAUUUGCUGGUGCUGCACUGUCUUUUUCAAUGUUCAUUGUCGGUUUGUUGCUUUCAUCAAAUCCGGAUGUAGCUGGGGAUUUGGUGCAGGUUCCUAGCAUGCUGUUUCAGGGUUCUUUGCUUCUUGGACUCAUCAGUAGAGCAACCCUUGGUUAUGCGGCAAUGCAUGCUGCAACGGUAUCAAUUCAUCCGCUUGUGAUUGCAGGAUGGUGUGGCUUAACUACGACAGCAUUUAAUAUGCUUCCUGUGGGGUGUCUUGAUGGUGGAAGGGCCGUGCAGGGUGCUUUCGGAAAAGGGGCGCUGGUUGGGUUUGGUCUGACAACAUACACACUGCUUGGACUAGGAGUGAUCGGAGGACCUUUAUCGCUUCCUUGGGGCCUGUAUGUGCUGAUAUGUCAGAGGACUCCCGAAAAACCCUGCUUAAAUGACGUAACCGAAGUUGGAACAUGGAGGAAAACCGCGGUUGGUGUUGCUAUUUUCCUUGUUUUGUUGACACUGCUGCCAGUAUGGGAUGAGCUUGCGGAAGAGCUUGGCAUAGGCCUUGUAAGUACAUUUUGAUGUUAAAUGGAAAGAAUUUAAGAGAGUAAAGGAAAUUUUGACAUAAAAGCCAUUAGGUUUUGCCCUUUGCUAGUUCAUAGUUAUGGCUGUAGAUUCAUUG